AUGUUUCUUCAGUAUCUUCUGGCCUCAUUUCUCUACGUCCUAGCUUAUACACGAACAGCUAAUGCAUCGGCGUUGACGACUGCCAUCGGCGCUAACGAACGACUCUGCUUUUUCGCCGACGUCGACAAGGCCGGAGAGAAGAUUGGUGUUCAAUCCGGCGGUUCAUUCGAUAUAGACUUUGAAGUCAAAGACCCUACGGAGAAAGUCAUCCUGGACGGCGUACGUGAACGCCAAGGGGACUACGUCCUAACGGCCAACACAGUCGGAGAAUACUCCUUCUGCUUCGAGAAUGACAUGUCCACCCUCACCGAGAAGCUAGUUGACUUCGAUAUCAUGGUGGAGAGCGAGCCGAGACGAGAGGCGCCGGCUAAGCCUGGGCAAAUUUCCGAGCAGACGAGCGCGCUGGAGGAGAGUAUAUUCCGGCUGAAUGGGAUGCUGCAAAAUAUCAAGCGCACGCAGAAAUACUAUCACACUCGCGAAAACCGUGGAUUCUCAAUAGUGAAAUCGACUAUAAACCGCCUGUUCUGGUAUACUGUGAUAGAGAGUCUAGCUGUAGUCGGAAUGUCUAUCCUCCAGGUAUACGUGCUGCAGACCUUCUUCACGAAAACUGGACGGAGGUACAAAGUAUGA